GCCCCGUCGGUGCGGGAGGGGAGCGCUGGGGGCCCUGCCCGCCCCGCCGCCGCCGCCGCCCGCCCCCCGCCCCGCCCGUCCCGGUCCCGCCCGCCCCGCGGGCCGGGCUCCGCGGGAGCCGCCGCUCGGCCGGAGCGGGGCUGGCGGCGGCGGGACGUGGGCCCUCUCAUGCCUUGUCUCGCUCUUCUCCCCUCCUAAAACCUCCUUCCAAAGGAUGGCAGCUGCCUCUUUCCGUUAUGGCAUGACCAUCACUGGGGCUGUGCUGCUGGUGACGGGGACGCUGUGCUUCGCCUGGUGGAGCGACGGGGAGGUGGGCUCCCCGGCCAGCAGCGGUGCUCGCCUCCUGCCUCCCCGGGAAGCCGAGGCUGUUCCCAGCUCCUCCUCCAGCGCCCUGCUCCGCUCCGUCAGCUUCUUCUGCUGCGGCAUCGGCGGCAUCCUCCUCCUCUUCGGCCUCCUCUGGUCGGUGAAAGCCAAUGCCAGGGUGGUCUCCCGCCGCUACCAGUACCAUUUCCCCAGGGACCUGCAGUACUUCACCGCGGAGCCUCUGGAGAAGUGGAACUGCAGCACCUGGGAUGCCAGCACCAUCCCCACCUAUGAAGAAGCCCUGACCUGCAGACCUGCCCACGCUACCCCAGCCUACGUCCAGCCCCUGGGGAGGAAGGAGGAGCUCACACCACCCCUGUACCGCUACCUGGAGGAGGAGGAGAGCUGGCAGGGCAGCCGCCGGCGCAGCUCCUCCGACAGCGCCUUGUUCCGCCCCAGCCCGUCCUGGCUGGAGACCCAGCACCCCGGGGAGACGCAGGCAACGCCUCCCCCCAGCUACGAAAACAUCAGCGUCCGGGGUGUCUGAGCUGGCGGCGGCGGGGGGCUGGGACUCUGCGGUGGCUGCCCAGUCCCUCGGCUUCAAACCGAGCCCCUUCCAUCGCCGGGGUGAGAGGAGGGCGGGCGAGGAGGGGGACGGCAGAGGGGUCCGUCUGGUUUUCCGAGCCAUCAGUUGGGGGCUGUUGGGAUUGCGGGUCCUGUGGGUGAUGCUUUCGGAGCGGCGGGGGUAACUGGCAUGUUUGGAAGCUUUCGUAUUUUUAAUAAAACCACUGCUGGUU